GUUCAACCGGAGGAACAGAGCGAGGUAACGGUCGUCGUAACUGCUAGCUACGUAGCUAACGCGAAGCAGGUUUCCUGAGAAAUACCAGUUUGAUGUACGAGCAGGAAGCAUGACCGAUGAUACUGAAGUUCAGGUUGAAGUCCAGCUCUCCACAGACUCUCCAUCAGGACACCGGCGGGACGAGAGAGCUGAGACCGAGUCCGACUGCACGGAGAGGCUGCAGAGCGACGGACGAAGAGAGGUGGAGGAGCCGCUGACGCUGUUGGCUGAUGUUGCUCUGGCGCCUCCCUGUGGCGACCAUGCGGCCUGCAGCUGUGACUGUGAGGCCUGCAGCUAUGUGGAGGUCAGAGGGAUGGAGGGCAGCCUCCAGUCCAUGCAGCUGCUGCUCCAGUUCCUCAUGAGGAAAGCAGAUGACUUACAGGACUACCUCGUCAACGGAGGGCAUGUAGAAAGAGAGGCUCUUACCACCACAGUGCCCAGUUUCCUGUACACCUGUCAGCCUUUCUUUAACCAUCUGGAAUCGAUAGCUAGGAGCACCGUGACCCAGCACUCCGGCCUGCCCUUUGACAUCUACACGAGGCGCGUGCAGCUGCUGGACUUUUCUCAGCAGCUGUGUGACCGGUUGGAGCAGCUGGUGUUGACCUGUGCCAACUACAAUCUCCUGUGUUUGGACGAGACGGAGCCUAACAGUGUGUCUCACUUCUGCAUUGGCCAGAGUCAGCUCGGUCGACUGAGGCUGACCACGUUCCUCUACUGUAAGCCGACGGCGUACCUGGCCCGGGUCGACACCGGCCAGCACAAACGCAUGCGCUGGAACGUGGACAGACUCCGAGACGAGCAGCAGCAGACGGAUGAAGAGCAGGGUGGAGAGAGUGAGGAGAGGGAGGCAGAAACAGUCGGCAACACAGAGUAUUACUUCCUGUGCUGCGAGGACGUUCCCAACACGCAUGCAGAGGCCGGCGUGGAUAGCCCCCAAGGUAACACUGGGAGGAUGUGGUCCAUUGGUCAGUGGGUGCAGGUGAACCCUGACCCCGACACAGAGGACAUCAAUGACUGGAUCAUGUGCGAGGUUCCUCAGGCCAGCUAUCAAAGGCUGUUGUUACUGGGCAGCAGUGAGCCGUCGAGCUGCAGCGCUACAGACCUCCUGCUGCAGCUGCUGCUGUCACAGCAGGCGAGAGAGCGACGUUGAGCUGUGAGCGAGUACGUGUGUGACAUCCGUCUCUGGGAUACACCGUUCUUUACUGUUGGAAGGAUAAACAGCCAAUUCUCAGAGGAUGGUGCAGAUAAAUCCUUCAGCUAGUUAUUCAGUGUUGAGUUUACGUGAGAUUUUAAAGGUUGAACGUCUGAUUUCUUACGGACGUCGGAGCAGAAACGCCCGAGCUGGAAUCACAAGCACGACCGUAAAAUCUGGCGCUUUUAGCCAGAGUGAGUUGAUGCUUUUUUUUAAUCCACAUUUAAAGAUGAAGACGUUUGUGUUUUCAUUACAGGCUGUGACCAAUGUUUGUUUCAGAAAGUUGUAUUGCCUCAGUCAGGUUAUCUGCUGUGAGCAGUCUGUUUUACGCUCAUUAUUCUAUCACUUUAAUCUGUUCAGUGUGUUAAUGUUGUAAGUUUUAAAAGAUUUUAAAGUUUGUAAAUAUUUUAGGUUUCCACUUUUUUUAAAAGAGAAUUUGGUUGUGUUGUAAAAGACUUCCAGAAGAGUUAUUAAGAAACACAUUUUAUUUACAUGAAACAGCAUUAAAAUAAUUACACACAAUCACAGAUUUCUGUCUUUCAGAAAAUCCAAACAAACUUAACAUUUUAAGACAAGCUGCCAUGAUUUGGGCUCAACAAGUGUGAGCGCCCAUUUACUUCAUUUCAACAGGUUCAUUGAGCCAUUUAAAUUAGCUCGCACAGGCCUCACCUCAUUUUUAAUAAAUUAACCCAAAACGUGAGACUUACCAA